AUGACAUGUACUUUUUAUUCCAAGGUUAUGAAUUCAUAUUUGCUAAUUCUUGUGAGACGAUACAACGAGACUCAUCGGGAGGAGGCACUCUCUAUAGAUUCGUUUGAAAUGUCCCAAAUCUGGAAAAAUGAAAAGACCAAAUUGAAGAUUGAUCCUAUGAGGUUCAACAUUAUUUUGGGUAUUAUAAACCAACACCAUCACUGGAUGCUCAUGAUCAUUUUCCCAAAGCAACAGAGAGCAAUUCUACUAGAUCCUUUUAAAGCAACUCCCCUGAAACUAAGAAGAUGCCUCCAGUCCACAAGGACAUUCAUGAAGGGCAGAGGUUGUGCAGUGGGAAAAUGGACAUGUGAAACGCUUCCUCGCCCUGUGCAAAAAGAUUCUGUGUCAUGUGGAGUAUUUUCUCUGAAGUUUGCCGAAAAGGUUCUCUGUAAUGAGAUGGCUGACCAAAUUGAAUUCCCUUCAAGUAAAGAAGACCUUGAUGAGUACAGAAAGGAGAUAGCACGCACAGUUCUUGAAGAGACAGAUGAUCUGUCAGAAAUGUGUCUCUACUGCGGCUUGCAAGAUGGGACAAAGCCGAAAAGAGUAAGACCAAUAAACAUGACUCCACCAUCAACUGGAUACAAUGCGAACAUUGCUGCAGGUGGUUCCAUCAGGAAUGUGUUGGGAAUGAGGAGGACUUCCUUUGCCCAGCAUGCACUUACUCUGACCUGCCGAUGCAGCAUAAAAACAAUCUGUUUUUACAAGAUCUUCUGAGUCUGAACUUCCUUAAAAUGAAACCCACCAGCGUCAC